UAGUCAGAAGAAGGGAAAUAAAGGUUCCAGGGUUUCAGCAGGAAAAUGAAAUGUUUGAGCCGGCUUUGUGAAAGACGCUUCAGUCGGAAAGUUACGCGAAAGUGGUUGAAAUAGGGCGAAAAAAACAACAGGAGACAGAUGUUUGGAGGUGGAAGCCAAGGUGGGAGUUCAGAAAGUGGGAAGAGAGGGGGGCUAGCGGCGCAGUGCUCCAGGGGAGAAGAAAGGGUGGAGCUUUCGCUUGGGUGGAAGGGGCAUGAACGGAUCCUAAGGGUGGUGGGCAUAGGUUGUGUCCUACCCAGGGACACCCGGCUUCUUUCUCUGUGCUCUCACCCCAGAGAAUGGCAGGAAAUACCUGCUUAAGGACUCAUUGCCACUCAGUUCCUCCAGGGUGUAUUUACUUCAGCAAAACUUUGUCCAUGUUUUAGCAGCAACCAGGAAGCCCGGGUCUGUGUACUGCAUUGCAGAACUACCCAGAGCUUAGGAAAAGGAGCGUGUGGCAAAAGCUUGAGAGGAUUAGGAUUGUUGCUUGGAAAAAGAUGAAUAAGAGAGGAGAAAAAACGACGUACACAAUACUGUGACAGUGAGGGCAGACCGUGAGCUUCUGUUCGCUGUGGUGUGACACAGGAAGAGGGACGUUCAGCUGAGUUAAAGCUGUCAGAUAGAUGUACAGAUUGUUUUCAUGCAAUGCAUAGCUGUGCCAUGGAAUUCACUGACAGGGGAAGAUGUCGAGGUCAAGAAUGAGGGAACGUUAUAAAAAAAGACCGUAUGCAGCAUUUGGGCUGGGGAGCAGGGAGUAACGGUGUUCGUUUGACCAUGGAGAGCGCGCUGACAGCCCGCGACCGCGUGGGGGUGCAGGAUUUUGUCCUGCUGGAGAACUUCACCAGUGAAGCAGCGUUCAUUGAAAAUCUGCGUAAGCGCUUCAAGGAGAAUCUCAUCUAUACAUACAUUGGCUCGGUUUUGGUGUCUGUUAAUCCAUACAAGGAACUGGAAAUCUACAGUAAACAGAACAUGGAGCGAUACCGCGGUGUCAGCUUCUAUGAAGUUUCUCCUCACCUCUAUGCUAUCGCAGACAAUUCGUACCGCUCUCUGCGCAUGGAGAGGAAGGAUCAGUGCAUUCUGAUAUCCGGGGAGAGCGGGGCUGGCAAAACGGAGGCCACCAAGAAGAUCCUGCAGUACUACGCGGUGACCUGCCCAGCCAGUCAGCAGGUUGAGACGGUGAAGGACCGCCUGUUACAAUCCAACCCUGUCCUGGAGGCCUUCGGAAAUGCGAAAACCCUUCGGAAUGAUAACUCCAGCCGAUUUGGGAAAUACAUGGACGUGCAGUUUGAUUACAGGGGCGCUCCUGUUGGGGGCCACAUCUUGAACUACCUCCUGGAGAAAUCUCGAGUUGUGCACCAAAAUCAUGGCGAGAGGAAUUUCCACAUUUUCUACCAGCUGCUAGAAGGAGGGGAAGAAGACUUACUGCGAAGGCUAGGCCUUGAAAAGAACCCACAACAGUAUCACUAUUUAGUAAAGGGUCACUGUGCAAGGGUCAGUUCCAUAAAUGAUAAAAAUGAUUGGAAGAUUGUGCGAAGAGCCUUGUCCAUUAUAAGCUUCAAUGACAAUGAGGUGGAGGAUUUGCUGAGCAUCGUGGCUAGUGUUCUGCAUCUGGGGAAUGUGCAGUUUGCUGCAGAUGAGCAAGGAAAUGCUCAGGUCACUACAGAGAAUCAGAUUAAAUAUCUGGCUAGGCUUCUAGCGGUUGAGGGCUCUGUUCUGCGAGAUGCACUGAUCCACAAGAAGAUCAUAGCGAAAGGGGAAGAGUUAAUCAGUCCCCUGAACCUGGAGCAGGCAGCCUAUGCAAGGGAUGCACUUGCAAAAGCAAUAUAUGGACGCACUUUCUCCUGGCUUGUGAACAAGGUUAACAAGUCUCUUGCUUACAAGGAAGGAGAGUUUCCAGGCUGGAGAAGUACAACAGUUCUAGGAUUGCUCGAUAUUUAUGGAUUUGAGGUUUUCCAGCACAAUAGCUUUGAGCAAUUUUGUAUUAAUUAUUGUAACGAAAAAUUGCAACAGCUCUUCAUAGAGCUCACAUUAAAGUCAGAACAAGAGGAAUACGAGUCAGAAGGCAUAGCGUGGGAACCAGUUCAAUAUUUCAAUAACAAAAUCAUUUGUGAUUUGGUGGAAGAGAAGUUCAAAGGCAUCAUUUCUAUUUUGGACGAAGAGUGUCUGAGACCUGGGGAUGCCACAGAUACAACGUUCUUGGAGAAACUGGAGGAAACUGUGAAGAACCACCCCCAUUUUCUCACGCACAAGCUUGCUGACCAAAAAACUCGCAAGUCUUUAGGGCGGGAAGAGUUUCGGCUUUUGCACUAUGCUGGAGAGGUCACCUACAGUGUUGCAGGUUUUCUAGAUAAAAACAAUGACCUUCUCUUUCGGAACCUGAAGGAGACCAUGUGCAACUCUGAGAAUCCUAUCAUAAAUCAGUGUUUUGACAGGACGGAGCUGACAGACAAAAAGAGACCCGAAACGGCAGCAACUCAGUUUAAAAACAGCCUCUCUAAACUCAUGGAAAUUCUGAUGUCCAAAGAACCAUCCUACAUCCGAUGCAUGAAACCUAACGAUGCUAAACAGGCUGAUCGAUUUGAUGAAGUCCUAAUCCGACAUCAAGUGAAAUACCUGGGGUUGAUGGAGAACCUCAGAGUGCGGAGAGCUGGCUUUGCGUAUCGAAGGAAAUACGAAGUUUUUCUGCAGAGGUACAAAUCACUUUGUCCAGAAACAUGGCCUACAUGGGAUGGACGGCCCCAUGAUGGCGUGGCUGUGCUGGUGAAACAUCUUGGCUACAAACAGGAAGAAUACAAAAUGGGACGAACAAAGAUUUUUAUCCGCUUUCCCAAGACUUUGUUUGCAACGGAAGAUGCUCUGGAAGUGAGGAAGCAGAGCCUGGCAACAAAAAUGCAGGCCACGUGGAGAGGUUUCUACCGUCGAAAAAAAUUCCUGCACAUGAAACACUCAGCAAUAGCUAUCCAGUCCUGGUGGCGGGGAACCUUAGGACGCCGAAAAGCUGCCAAGAAGAAGUGGGCAGUAGAGACUAUCAGAAGAUUCAUUAAGGGUUUUAUUUACCGGAAUCACCCUCGCUGCCCAGAGAAUGAGUAUUUCCUUGAUUACAUCCGCUUUUCCUUCCUGAUGAACCUCAAGCGUAAUUUACCAAAGAACGUUUUAGACAAAUCAUGGCCAACUCCUCCUCCAUCGCUCUGUGAGGCGUCCCAGCUCUUGCGACAGUUAUGCAUGCAGAACAUGGUCUGGACCUACUGCAAGAGAAUCAGCCCAGAGUGGAAGCAACAGCUGGAACAAAAAGUAAUUGCCAGUGAGAUUUUUAAGGGUAAAAAAGACAAUUACCCUCAGAGUGUUCCUAGACUCUUCAUCAACACUCGACUUGGUAAUGAAGAGAUAAACACUAAAGUCCUUCAGGCUUUAGAAAACGAAGCAAUUAAGUAUGCAGUUCCUGUGAUCAAAUAUGACCGGAAAGGAUACAAAGCAAGAGCACGGCAACUGCUUCUUACCCAAAACGCAGUCAUCAUUGUUGAAGACUCCAAAAUCAAACAACGGAUUGACUAUGCCAAUCUGACAGGCAUCUCUGUCAGCAGCCUGAGCGAUAACUUGUUUGUGCUGCACGUGCACUGUGAGGAUAACAAACAGAAGGGAGAUGUUGUACUUCAGAGUGACCACGUGAUCGAGACACUCACAAAAACAGCCAUGCGGGCAGACAAAGUCAAUAACGUCAACAUCAACCAGGGCAGCAUAAAAUUCACAGUUGGACAAGGCAAAGAAGGCAUAAUUGAUUUUAUAUCAGGCUCAGAACUGCUCAUAGCCAAAGCUAAGAACGGCCAUCUAACUGUGGUUGCUCCUCGUCUGAACUCUCGAUGAUGAAACAUGCCACCACUACAGGACCCUUUCCUCCAUCAGUCUGACCACACCCCGUAUAAUUGGCUGGACUUGGUUCCCAGCAAAAUCCCCCCCUCCUUCCUCGCUUCGCUCAUUUUGUUUGUUACCAAAGACCUGCAUUUUCAGAAAACCCACAAAACGCAUCUUGCUUUCUUGUCUUAAUACUGAAGUUCCAAAAGAAAGGCCUUCUCUUCCUUACCUUAGCGGCAAACACACGGGUCCAACGUGAUGUCUGUGAAACCGUGGCUCAUGAAACAUGUUCAGCUGGGCUCUGAGAGAGGUAGUUCUGACUCUAAUAGAGUUUAAGCCCUGAUGGAAAUGACCAAAAUUUGUGCUUGGCAUCAUCAAAAAAGCACAAUCAGAAAACAAAACACUGCUGCUUUGCCAGCCAAAUCAAUUAAAUGCCAAACUUUAUAUUCAAAAUGUUUUAUGAAGAAUUUUGCUCUGAGAUGUUUUGAUGCUUUGUGUUACAAUAGUAAAGCCAUAUUGUGUAAAUGAGUAAAAAAACCCUGUAAAUACUUUAUAGCUGAAUAUGAGAAAUGCACUACAAGAAAUGGUGUUGAUAUGGAAACUUAUGUUUUAGAUUUGGAAUUUUUGUUGUUUUUAAGUUUAUGAACAGAAGGUAUUAAUUAACCCAUCAUGUUAACUUCACUGAUCUGGAUACAGUAUUUUUUUUUUAAUUAUUUUUGAAGUUACCGCUCCCAUUUCUUGCUGUAUAGUGAUAUUUUUAUACAGUAGCAACUUUUUCAUAUCCACACAGCCAACCAAAAUCUAAGUGAUACCAACUGCAGAGGUCACCACUUCGCCAUGUCCCUCUAGGCUGGAAAUGAAACCUGGAGCCCUCAGCCAGGACAUGCACGAGCUUUCCCUCCCACCUUGUUCCUGUCUGGGAGCCUGCCCCCUUCCCCACACAGCUCAUCAGGCUCAGAGCAGCACCUUCACAAAAACUGCUUUUCCUCUCCUACAUCUUCAGGGAUAACUGGAAGUUUGAAUUCUCACAGUAAAGCUUCAGUGUUUAUGUAACACUUCGCACUACUGCCUUAAGAGGGCUCGUUCAGCACCACUGGCAUUACUGACCAACUGGCUGAGGGCUCCUUUACAAGGCAGCAUCUUACCAUUUUCCUAAGCAAGCUGUCGUAUCACUAACUCUGACUCCAACCCAGAAGGGACAUGUGAAUGCUAUCAGGUCUCAGGCUGCAUCACAGAAGUUAGUACCGAGCACUUUCCUUUAACAGAGACCCCCCAAUGGCUACACAGUGGGCAGCUAUGUGUCAAUACCUGCUGACUGCAGACCACAGCUCCAGCUUCCAUUUCCAAGUUCCAGACCUCCAACCGUGCAUUUUGCACUCCACCUGCCUUAGCAAUCCUUCACAUCCCACCUCUAGCCUGAUGCAGUAGCAACAGCAGUUACACUAAGCCCUGACUAAAACAUAACCAAACAUGUUGCCACUGACAUACAAUCAGCUCAGUCUCCUACUUUUAGGUUUCCUGACAUUAUACAGUUACCGAACACUGCCCCAGGCCUGGAAUGCUGUAUACACUGUAGUACAUAUACACCAUACUAUUGUAUAUGCUAUAUAGUGUAUAUACUAUACAAUGCUGUAUACGCUAUUAUAUAACCUCUUCAAAACUGCUAAAUAAAUUUUUAUGAUGAAAACA